CUAGUAACGUUGCUCUCAAGUCACAACAAUAGAGGUAUGGCGGGGCGCGCGGCGGGGCAGGCGUGAAGCAUUUAGGCGCCCCGUUCUGUCCCUUGGCAGCACCCGGCGACACACACUCCCAGGUCAAAGAAGACAGUUUUAUCUACUCUCUGCAGCGAGGCGAGGGACGGGCGGCGACAACCUCCACAAGAGCCUGGCUGGGACCGUGAUAUGCAGGAGGGUUCCCAGUACCUUCGCGCCAUGAUUUUUGAUGAAUUGUACCUGGACUCAGUGAGCUCCGUGGCCCAAGCAGUGCAGAGCGAAAACAUUCAGCUGCUGCAGGAGCUGCUGCAGCAUGGACACUCCACCUGUGUGACUGACAACCGCGGCUGGACACCUCUCCAUGUGGCUGCUUCCAGAGGCUGCGUGGAGGCUGUGCGAUGCCUUCUAAUGGCAGACGAUAUACGUGUUGAAAGUUUGUCUCACUCCAGCCUCUCAGCUCUCUACCUUGCAUGCUGUGGCAAGACUGAGGGCCACAGGAAGGUUGUGGAGCUGCUGCUGAGUGCUGAGGCAGACCCGAACAUGGCCUAUGGGGACAAGUGGGUUGUUCCGCUGCACUCAGCCACGGAAAAUAAUAACUUAGAGAUUGUGAAGUUGUUGCUUGAUGCCGGUGCUGACCUAAACAUCGAAGCCUUCAAGUACACCACGGCACUUCAUGCAGCAGCCGAGGUGGGAGCCCUUGAGAUUGCACGGCUCCUCCUGGAAAGAGGCGCAAACCCCAACAUUGGCUGCAUAAGAACUAAGAACACUGCCCUUCACUGUCUCUGUCGCAACUACAGUCGAGAGUGCGUGGCCACCUACAACACCAUGCUGGACCUCUUCCUUUCCCACGGCAGCGAUAUCAAUGCACAAAUGGUUGAUGGCACCACGGCCCUCAUGCUGGCAGUACAGGCAGGCUGGGAGUUGGCUGUGGACAAGCUGCUGGAGCAGGGCGCAGAUGUCUACCUCAUGAAGAACAAGGAGAUACUUGCGCUGCACUUUGCCAUACAGUUCAUCCCACACUCACCUGACAAAAGCUUGAGUGAAGACGAAGAAGAAGAAGAAGAAGAUUCCUCUGUCCUCCGCAAGAUCCUGAGCGUCACAUCUCACGAUAAGAUUCCUCGAAAUGGCUACAGCAUCUUCCACCUCGCCAUCCAGUGGAAAAGGUACAGGGCACUGCGCAUGCUGAUAGAGGAUGGACUCAAUCCAGACGACUUCCUGCAAGAAAUGGAGAGUGCCAUCAUUGACUGCAACGAGCGUGAUGUGGUUCCCCUCGUUGUGCAGCUCCACAUUUGCCAUGACACUCCUCUUGGGUUCCUCCUCUUCCAGUCUCUCACCCGGGAGGUCAUGGACACUGCCAAAUACAUGAUUGACAAAGGAAGCAGCAUUAACUCCCUCAAGUUUGGCGUGCUUCCCCCGCUGGUGGCCGCCCUCAAGAACCGCCAUCCAGGUGCCUAUGAGGAGGGUGGUCUGGGCCAAGAGAUUCUUCAGUACCUGCUGGCACGAGGCGUGGACAUCAUGUACAAAGCCAGAGAGAAUGACAUACUCCCCGCCGCCCUCACCGUGUCAUCACUCUUCAACGUGGUGGGUUUCUUCCGUCUGCUGCAACAUGGAGUCCCCGCCCACCGCCUCUACACCCGCGACACUCUCACCGCCCUCACGCACCAUUACCUGGCUGUGCUGUGCUUCAGAGCGUACAAGCGGUUUCCGUGGCUGCUUGUGUCCUGGCUGCGCACGGCCAACCUGUUCGUUGCCCAGCUGCCCAUUGAUGCCAGCGACAUCUUAAGCACAUCCUGGAAGGUGACGGACGAGAAACUUACCGAGGCGUGGCAAGAAGUAGGGACGCUCAUUUCAUCCCCCAAGAGUCUUCAGCAUCUGUGUGUGCUCAAGGUCCGGUAUGUGCUGGGCGAGGGCCGAGGCUGGGAGAAGCUGCAGCACUGCCUGAAGCAGCUGCACAGGGAGACAAUGCUGCCAGAUCCCAUUGUAGAUUUGCUGCACUUCAGAUGGGUAAAGACAGACACGCUACAGGUGAACCCUCCCCCCAGCAGCCAGCACCUUUACGUGGACACCAUCCGUGAUGGUUCCUCCAGCAGUGAUGAGGAGCCGUGGGCUGGAUCCAGAUAGGUGGAAGAGAAUCUCGGGAAGAAAAUUCAAGGGGGCUUGGUUGGAGGUCAUUUGCAUUAAGAUGGCCCUCAGCAAGAUGCCUGACAUACCUUCCUUAUUUCUCCUCAGGAGGGCUCUAAUUCUAUGCAAGGAAGGCAUGUAAGAUAUCUCACUGAGGAUGUUGGGGCCAUCUCAGUGUAUAUGACCUCAGGCCUGCUUACUGAGCUCAGAAACUACUCCGACCAAGCCUUCCUCUCAGAUGUCCAGCCGUGACAGCAUGUGGUGACUGGUGAUGUGCGAGGACACCCGACUCAAUCUUCACUGCUCUUGAGUUCGUUAGGACAGGCCUCGGCAUUGACGUCAGGAUCUCAGCACUUGUCCUUUUUCUUUUUGUACCUUUGGAAGAAUUUUGUAAACUUUUAAAAAAAUACAACCUAACAAUCUCAAUAUUAUAAUUAAGGACAUAUCAUUCCUGCUUAGGUUAUAUAGUUUGAUUAAUAAAAAGGAACAGUA